CCCAGAAAUUUAAAAAAAAAAAACCAAGAACACAAUUGCAGAUGCAAGAAAGAAAAUCAGGUCAUUUAGUGCAAAACCUCGCCACGUUAGCGAGCCUUCGGGUCGGGAAUUGCAAGACUGUCGGGGAUUGUUGGAUCCGAACCCGGAUCUUCGAGACAAACCAGAAGACCAAGUUCGACCCGGCCAGCACGGUCCGCAACUACCACUUCGAUCUCCGAAUGCCCUCUCUGUUUGAGAGUAUCGUUGGUGAAAUUAUCGACGAGAACUCGAAGAGUCCUAUCGUUCUCGGCUUGAUCUCGGUGAUGAGAUCGACGGCUUGUGCUUCUGGCACGUCAGCUACGGCUCUAGGUGUUUUCAGAGUUUCGCCUUUUAAGUCUUCUUCGAUUUUGUCUUCGGUUUCGAAGUGGGUGCUACCACCUUGUAACGACGAGCCUGAAACAUCAUCGGAGUCAUCGACAACAAUAACGACGAUGAAGAUGGCGACUACGGCGGAGUCGAAGUUUGAUCAGAAGAGUGGUUGGUUGUCGAAGAUUUUGAAUUUAUGUUCGGAGGAUGCAAAGGCUGUGUUCACUGCUGUGACUGUGAGCAUAUUGUUCAAGUCAUACUGGAAGAGUGGUGUAAUGGAAAUGCUUUUUGGGCUAAACAAAGAAACAUUGGGCCUUGUGAUUUAA